GUUCAUCGUCCUUCUUCACAACACCUCUCCAAGCACUAAAUAAAAUAUAUAAAAAAAAUGAAGGCUACUACCACCACCACCACGAAUGUCUUCGCCAUUUUCAUUCUCUAUGCUUUCAUCUCCAUCCACCUACCUUCUUUAGCCACGGCUGAGUUGGUCGACACAGACGGCGACCUUAUUCGAAACGGCGGCUUAUAUUACAUCCUCCCAGUUUUUCGAGGCAACGGUGGCGGAAUAGGCCGAACAUCCACCGGAAACGAAACGUGUCCACUAACCGUUGUCCAACAACGCUCCGAAGUGGACAACGGAUUACCAAUUAUAAUUUCAUCUCCAUUCAGAAUCGGUUUUCUCUAUGAAGGACUUCCUUUGGACCUAUCCUUUUCAUUUGUUCCUUUGUGUACUCCUACUCCUUCUAAGUGGAUCCUCGUUAAGGGUCUACUGGAAGGAGAAGGAGCCACGGUAAAACUCACCGGUUUUUACGAGAACGAGGUGCAGGGUUGGUUUGAGAUAAGGAAACACUUGGAUGACUAUAAACUUAGCUUUUGUGCUUCUUCAAAUAAUAAUUGCGUGGAUAUUGGGGUUAAACGUGAUGAUGAGGGAAACAGGCUUUUGGUUGCAACGGAAGAUAACCCUUUUGUGGUUAAUUUUAAGAAAGCUACGUCGUCUUAUUCUGCUUGAAGAUCCAUGCAUAAUAGUAAGCAAGUAAUUAAGCCAUGGAAAAAAAAAAAUCUUGUAUGUGCUUUCUUAUAUAGUGGGUAAGAUAUGUUUGUAUGUGCAAGAUGAGAAUAAAUUCUUGUAAGAAUAUAAUCAGGGCACGACUUGCAUGAAUAUAUAUGUUCAUGCGAAGAAGAUAAUUAAUAUGUUUGGAAAAAUUAUUAAAUAUAGUAUAUGUUAAUAUCUUAAUUGUUAUUUUUAUACGAAGAUAUUUUUACCU